UUGAUGUGCGCCUAGUACGGUCACACUGUUCGCACGUUUUGUGUUAAAAACAAAUAUGAAGAAGAAAACAAAAUCGCUGCCGCCGCCUCCACAAAAUGCUGAGGAAAGCGAGGACGAUGUGGAGCAGCCACAGGAAGACAACGAAAUUGAGAAGGACGACGAUAACGACGAAGACGAUGAUGAAAUGGACUUGGCCAAUUUCAAUGCAUCCGCCAAAGCGGCAACAGCAACAGUGCCAAAGAAACGGAAAAAGGGCAUCAUCUAUAUAUCAAAUAUCCCCAAACACAUGAAUGUGACGCGAAUGCGUGAAAUACUCAGUGACUUCGGCAAAGUGGGACGCAUCUAUUUGCAGCCCGAAAAGCAACCAGGCGGCCCAGACAAGGCAAAGAAGAAGAAUAAGCGCAAAAAGUACAAUAUACAUUUCACCGAGGGAUGGGUAGAGUUUGAAUCGAAACGCAUUGCCAAACAAAUUGUGCCGCUGCUCAACAAUAAGCAGAUAUCAACGCGGAAGAAGUCGCAGUUCUAUGACUCGCUGUGGAGCAUGAAGUAUCUGCCACGCUUCAAAUGGGUGCAUCUCACCGAGCGUAUGAACUACGAACAGGCGGUGCACAAGCAACGCUUGCAGACGGAGGUCUCGCAGGCGCGCAAGGAGACCACAUUCUUCCAGAACAAUCUGGAUAAGAGCGAACACCUCAAGAAGUUGGCUAAGAAAGCUAAGAAGCUGGAAAAAGCGUAGUUACAGCUUAAUGUGUUUACUAUAUUUUUUUUUUUACUAAACUAGUUCAAAAAUAUAUACUUUGGCGCUA